UUUCGGAGGGCCAAGAGUUAAGCCUCCGCGAUCUCCAAUAGAGCUCCCAGCCGGUCUCCAGAAGCCGCAGCGUUUAAUUGUUUCCUUUUGCAGAAUCCCUCCCGCCCCCUCCUCUCAGCCCUAGCAAGCCGGGCCGGCUGCAUAAUCGAAACCAGACUCCGAAGGAAAAGGGAUUUGUUCUCUGUCUCCCCCCCACCCUCCCGCCCCCGUUUUUGGCCAGCUGCUUUCCUAAUGAGCUGCAAACGGAGGCGGGAGGAAUGCGUGGGAUUUCUGCUGCCAUCUGCCGAUCAAUGCCCCACGCGAGGCCCCUACCUCUAAGGACGAUGAACCCCGAAAGCGGGUCCGCAGCACGGAUCGUUAAAUCAGGGGAUGAUUCCCGAUUGCCCUCCGGCUCCUGCUUUUCCCUCUGGUGCAGUAUGUUACGCGCGCGCAGUGGGAAUACGCUGCCCUUGUGGCAGGAUGGCAUUUGUUUUGGAAACUUUACUCCUGGAGCCAAUGGCUCCUACAGGGGGGGCGGAGGGGGAAAGGUAGACGGUAGACCUGAAAGCCAGACGUUGCAGCGCCAACAAUCACGCCUGCCCUGGCUACUUUGUCGCUACUGUUGGACCACCAAGAAUGUGGAAAUCUUUUUAAUGCGUCCCUGCCCCCCAACCCGAUCUUUUAGCCCUUCGCACCCUCUUUAAGAUGCGUGAAUGCAGACUGUGCUGGCAAUGCACCCGUCCCAUGUUGGAAUGGAAGUGACGUCCUCGUCCUUUCCCAUAGGCCAGAAGUUUGGGAAAGGGGCGGUGUUGGUGCAAAUUCCGCUUCUCCGGGAGCCGGACAUCAGUCUUUAAUGUCAUUUACAGAGGCCUUACUGUUUUGGAUACAACUUCUGAAACCAGUGCAGUGUGACAUCCCUGUGAUCUGUCCGGACAAAAGGGACUUCACUUGGAGGAGUUAACAAACAUUGUUCCAAAUUUAGUGCAAAAGCAAAGGGACUAGGAAUAUUACUAUCCUUCCUGGUGACAAGUCUGUCACAGUCACUGAAUGAAAUACUAGUGUCAGCACUGUCUUCAGCAGUUCAUGUUUGCUGCUUGUUUCAACACAGGAAGAAUGUGGAAAAAGAGGAGGAGAAGUAGAGAUGAAGUAAGCAAGAAUUUGCAGUCUCCUCUGUCACAACUUCCCCAUUGUAGAGAUGAGUUAAGGAGGGGAACUGCUUGCUGAGCUAUUCCUUUUCUUUCCUCUUUGUUCUCUUCCGCGUAUGUUAGAAUUGACUUAUUCUUCCGUUUGCAUAAUUUUGCCAGAAGUUGGUGGUUUUGAAGGGGGUGAAACGACUGUGCUCUUUCCAGGUAUUUCAAGAAAUAGGUCCUGAAAUGGUAAUGAAUAUGGCAUGUUUAACAAUAUGGUUUUGCUUGCUGAAUUUUUACAUAAUGGCUUGGACUAAGGGAGACAGCUUUCUAGAGGAUCUCCCAUUCAUCACCAUCUGGAAUGCUCCAACUCAAAAAUGCCAAGAGAAAUACAACGUAACUCUUAACUUAGGGAUUUUUAAUGUGGUCAUAAACCAGAAUGAAUCAUUCACGGGCAAGGAAAUGACCCUUUUCUACCACAACAGGUUAGGCUAUUAUCCAUUCUAUACUGAGAAUGGAACUGCAGUCUAUGGGGGUGUUCCACAGAAUGCCAGUCUAGAAGAUCAUCUCUGGAAGGCUCAGCAAGACAUUAAGAAAACCAUCUUAGAGACCAGCUUUAAAGGUCUGGCAGUAAUUGACUGGGAGAGCUGGCGUCCUUUGUGGGUUCGAAACUGGGACUCCAUGGAAAUCUAUAAGAACAAGUCUAUGGAUCUGGUGAAGAGGCAGCACCCGGAUUGGCCUGCUGACAAGGUGGUUAAGAAAGCCCAGCUGGAGUUUGAGCAAAGUAGCCGGGCUUUCAUGGAGCAGACUUUGGUACUUGGCAGAACUCUGAGGCCUGGGGGUUUCUGGGGAUUCUAUGGCUUUCCCAACUGUUAUAACUAUGAAAAGAAGCUGGAUAAUUACACAGGGGAAUGUCCAGAGGUUGAGAAGCAGAGAAAUGAAGAAUUGCAGUGGCUCUGGAAUCAAAGUCAGGCUCUGUAUCCGAGUAUUUAUCUUCCCAAGGAGAUUAGACUUCUCAACAAAAGUCUGGAGUUUGUCCGUCAUCGAGUCCAGGAAGCAUUCAGGAUGGUGGACCAGACAAGGAAUGGCAGCAUUCCAGUGUUACCUUAUGCUUCCAUUAUAUAUGAGUUUACGCAGAUGAAUUUCCUUUCACAGGAGGACCUGGUCUACUCCAUCGGAGAGAGUGCUUCCCAAGGUGCUGCUGGGGUCAUCUUGUGGGGAAGUGAAAAUUUCAGCUGCUCACAGGAAGCUUGUCUUCAUGUGAAGAAGUAUGUGGAUACUCUCCUUGGUCACUACAUUGUAAACGUGACCAGCAGUGCUAGGAUGUGCAGCCAAGUAGUGUGUUUCAACCAUGGGCGCUGUGUGAGGCAGGAUAGCCACUCAAAAGCCUUUCUGCACCUCAGUCCUACCAGCUUCUCUAUUAAGAGGCAUCAAGCAGAGCCACACUUCAUUGUGACUGGUCACAUGACAAAAGAAGAUCGAGUCAGGAUGGCAGAAGAAUUCAGGUGCCAAUGUUAUAGUGGCUGGGAGGGUCCACAAUGCAACAAAAAGUCAUCCUGGAAUCACUGAUAUUCCACCUUGAAUGUAAAUUCCAUUCGUGUUCAUACAUGCAGGUACAUGCAUACUUUAACUGAAAGAAAAGUUCAACUCUGGGGCAUAUACUUAUUUUGUUAUGAGGGCAGUACAUGGAACAAGCAUAUAGCACAUCAGUCUUGUCACAUUAGCUGCAUAUAUUUUUUAUUUUUAUUGUUGCUACUGAUUUCAUUGUAUUUUAUUGAUUUUUAACUGAAUUAUUCGAUUUGCCCUUUUGUAAUCUGUUGUUCAUUGUCUAUUUGUGUGUUGUAAAACGCUCUGAGCCCUUUGGGGGUAGAGCAGUUUAUCAAGUCGAAUAAAUCAUCAUCAUCAUCAUCAUCAUCAUC